GCUAGCGCAUCGCAUCAGCGGCAUCAGUCGCAUUUAGUCGAUCGUGUACAUCGUGUGUGUUACGUUCCACUCGUUACUUCCCAGUUUGCAUCCCUCUAUACAAAGAAAAAAAAAAAGAAAGAGAAAUUGCGCGCGCGCGUAAAACCAAUAUUUGUUUUAUACGAACAAAAAUAAGUGACUUACGUAUUUAGGAGUAAUUAUACUCUGUCAUCGAUUGAUUGUGAACGCGCAAGAUGAGUACCCCGGUGAAGAAAGUGCCCAUUCAUCUGCAGAGUGCGCAGAACAGAUUGCUAAUUAAAAAUGGCAAAGUUGUGAAUGACGACGGGCUUAUCGACAGCGACGUCUAUAUUGAGGAUGGCAUUAUCAGGCAAAUGGGACGCAAUCUUAUUAUACCGGGUGGCACGAGAAUCAUCGAUGCGCGGGGAAAAUACGUAAUGCCAGGUGGCAUAGAUCCGCAUACGCAUUUUGAAUUUGAAUUUAUGGGUACCAAGUCAGUGGAUGACUUUUACCAAGGCACGAAGGCUGCAGUCGCCGGCGGUACCACUAUGAUCAUAGAUUUUGCAGUACCGCGGAAAGAAGAGAGCCUUGUGGAGGUUUACGAGAGGUACAGAAAUUCGGCAGAUGAAAAAGUAUGCUGUGAUUAUGCGCUGCACGUCGCCGUCACUUCUUGGAGUCCGAAAGUUAAAGAAGACAUGGCGACAUUGGCGAAGGACCACGGCGUCGGUAGCUUCAAGAUGUUCAUGGCUUAUCGCGACAUGUUUAUGCUCAGAGAUCCGGAGUUAAUCGAGGCUUUCAAGACGUGCAAAGAGAUCGGUGCUGUCGCUAUGGUACACGCUGAGAACGGUGAUCUUAUCGCGGAAAAUGCGAAGAAACUACUCGCCGCAGGAGUGACAGGUCCAGAGGGCCACGAAAUGUCACGGCCUGAAGAAGUUGAGGCAGAAGCCGUCAAUAGAGCGUGCAUUAUCGCGAAUCAGGUAAAUAGUCCACUGUAUAUAACGGCGAUUUCGAGCAAAUCGGCCGCUGACGUCGUGUCGGCGAAACGAUCGGAGGGUGUUGUCGUUUUUGGAGAAACUCUGGCGAGCACUGUCGGUAUCGAUGGUAGCGAGCAAUAUGGUAAAGAUAUGGAAAAAGCGAGGCGCUUCAUAACUAACCCACCAUUGCGGCCCGAUCCAACAACACCUGCUUAUCUAACUGAACACCUGGCUCAAGAUACUCUCCAAGUUACUGGCAGCGAUAAUUGCACGUUUAACUCCGAGCAGAAGGCUCUGGGUAAAGAUGAUUUCACGAAAAUCCCUAACGGCGUGAACGGUGUUGAGGAUAGGAUGGCAGUGCUCUGGGAGAAGGGCGUGCACGCCGGAAUAAUGGAUCCUACGCGAUUCGUCGCAGUCACUAGCACGAACGCUGCCAGAAUCUUCAACUUGUACCCUCGAAAAGGAGUCAUAGCCGUCGGUUCGGACGCCGACAUUAUCGUCUGGGACCCCAACAGGAAGCGCACCAUUUCCGCUGAGACCCACGUUCAGGCCGUUGACUUCAACAUCUUCGAGGGUAUGGAAGUAACUGGAGUACCUGAAUAUGUGAUUGUCAGUGGACGCGUAUGCGUAGACGAAUGUGAGCUCAAAGCUGUUCACGGCUUCGGGAAAUAUAUCAAUACGGAGCCAUUUGGCACUUAUGUGUAUGACAUGAUAAAUGAUAAGGAAAAGAAACCACGUGGAGUCGCACGAACUGAAGCGGAAGCCAAGAGAUUCGCAGAGGAAGAUGCCGCGAUCGCGAAGGCUAAAGAAGAAGCAAAAACGGCUGCAGCAGCCGCUGCUGUGGCUGCAGCACGAGCUAAUCAGACCAAUGGUUCACUUCACGAGAGUCCAAGAGCAAAAUUUCAAUCUACUUAUGCACCUACUUUGCCGGAUUCCGCCGUUGUGACACCAUCUACGAAGGGUCCGAGACUCGAAGGCCAGAGAAACCUGCAAGACUCUACUUUCUCUAUUAGUGAGGAUGUCGAAGAAGCACGAAGGGCUUGUAUUCGCGUGAAUAAUCCACCGGGUGGCCGCAGUGCGGGAGGCUUUUGGUAAUUUAUACAAAAAAAGAGAACAUCAAGAUUCGCUUUAUGUAUAAAAGUCAUUUAACGCGAGAAAAAAAAUGUUUAUCCUCUUUCUUCCUUCCCCCAUCUAUCACAUACAUAUAUACAUAUGCUUUAUUGAUUUCAAAGAGUACCAGCCUCGCGCUUUCAGGUUCGCUACUCACCAAAUAUUAAAUUCAAUCAUUUUUUCAUAUUAUAUUCUCAUCGAUCAAGGUCUGUUCCAUCGAAGGAGGAUGCAGAGGUCACUGGCCAGUAGGUUGUAUGUUUUCAUAUAUUCAUAUUAAUUGUUCCACACUCGCUUCAUCAUUUUAGCAUUGCACUAAUCGUAUCGCUAAUAUAUCUGAAUCAUUAAUCUCGACAUAUUCUCCGAUUUCUAUGAUAUGUAAAUCAUCUUUUUCGAGAUUCUUUGAUAAAUGUUUACCAAUAUAGACUUUCUUUAAAAUUA